CCAAGUGACGAAACCAGCUGUAAUUUGAGAGCAGAGAGAUCCUCAGGAUAUCAUUAGCCAAAGGAAAAACUCGCAUUCCCACCCAGUCCAGGAGUUGAAAUAGUAUCAGAGGGCAAGCGCCUUUCUCUCCAGCUACAGGCUCCAUCUCCCAGGAGCAAGGGGGACCCUGAGAGUAAGAGUGGGGCAACAGAGCCAGCGGCCUGCCAGAGCCCUGGAGGAGGGGUCCCCCCUCCGCCCCGCGAUCCCGCCGGGAAAGAGCCGGCUGAGUUCCAGCCACCGAGCCCGAGCCCGCGCGCAGGAGCGCAGAGCCAGGGUGCAUCCUGCGCUGCCGCCGGCCGGCUGUGCUACCCAGCGCUGGUGCCACAGCCACAUGAAGCCUGCUGGGGAGGCGGGGCCAGGGUGCAGCGAGCCGGCUGGGGCUGAGGCUGCCGCCGUCUCAGGGAGGCACUGACUCCCCAGGGGACCCCCUUCCUCUUGCGUGGCGAAAAGUCUUCUCCAGGGGCCCCCGGUCAACCUGAAUAUCCAGGAUGGUGUUUCUGAAGUUCCUCUGGAUGGGUUUCCUCUGCCACCUGUGUCAGGGCUACUUCGAUGGCCCUCUCUACCCGGAGAUGUCCAAUGGGACUCUGCACCACUACUUUGUGCCUGACGGGGACUAUGAGGAGAACGAUGACCCUGAGAAGUGCCAGCUGCUCUUCAGGGUGAGUGACCACCGGCGCUGCUCCCAGGGGGAGGGCAGCCAGGCCAGCAGUCUGCUGAGCCUCACCCUGCGGGAGGAGUUCACCGUGCUGGGCCGCCAGGUGGAGGACGCUGGGCGCGUCCUGGAGGGCAUCAGUAAGAGCAUCUCCUACGACCUGGACGGGGAAGAGAGCUAUGGCAAGUACCUGCGGCGGGAGUCGCACCAGAUCGGGGACGCCUACUCCAACUCGGACAAGUCCCUCACCGAGCUGGAAAGCAAGUUCAAGCAGGGCCAGGAGCAGGACAGCCGGCAGGAGAGCAGGCUCAACGAGGACUUCUUGGCGAUGCUGGUCCACACCAGGUCCCUGCUAAAGGAAACGCUCGACAUCUCUGUGGGGCUCAGGGACAAAUACGAGCUGCUGGCCCUCACCAUCAGGAGCCACGGGACCCGGCUAGGUCGGCUGAAAAAUGAUUAUCUUAAAGUGUAGGUGGAAGGACACCCUGCCGGGAAAGGGCACCACACCAGCCCAUGGGGAGGGGGGCGGGGGUGGGACAGAAGAGGGGCUGACCGCUCCCUUCUACUUAUUAUUUUUUUAUAUCCAGAUUUGCACUUGGAGAGUGAUUUGAAGUCAUCUUUAAAAAGGAAGAAGUGAGAGUUGAGUGGUUUUGUUUUUGUACAUUAUUUAUGUGAUUGCUAUUGAUUUGUCACCUGGAAAGAACAGUUGAAAGCCAUGCUUCCCGCCUUCCCUAGAGGGCUUCACAGCUCUGCAGAGACACCUGUUUCAGCCACAUCUAAAAGGACACAGCUUAUGCAUAGGGACUGAUGGAACUCCCCCAUCCUGGAGACGACGUGGAAGCACCCAGAGAGCACAGUGCACGGCUCCUUGCCGCCUUCGGGCUUCUCUCCUGGGCCCUGACGGUUGUGGGAGUCACCCGUUUUCAGAUGAGGUCCGAGGUGCUGCUCUGCAUGCCUGCCAGGGGGUGGAAGUUGCCAGAUUCUUCUUCUCUUUUUCUCUCUUAUUUAUUAACCAUGGUCUCCAAGGUUUUAUUUUUAGUUUGGGUGUUUUUUUGUUUUUGUUUUUGUUUUUUUGGUAAAAGUAUUGGCUAGAAACUAUAUGCAAAUUUUCCUCUGCAGGGAGAUGUCUGCGGUGCCCUGUGGGCGUGUGUAAGUUACAGUGGCCACAUUUAAGAAGCCUAAGCUUUGUAGUGGUUACGUACUCGUGUUGAUAUGCUGGCUCUCGUUGUAUGUCUGUGCCGUCAGUGCUACAGUCCACUACAAAGCAGUACACAGACUGUUGGAACUCACCCCCAAAUGCCUAUGACUUAGGUUACCCAUGUAUUCUUUCUCGUUUGGGGGUUUUGCUUCUGUUUGCUCAUUGGAAACUUGUACUUCAAGUAGGGAGAAUUCUAAUUCUAAUAACUCCUUAACUAAGUUUUUAUUAUUCAGCCAAUAAAUAUGUUCUCGUACAA